CGUUUUCGCAGGAAAUUGUGAGCGAAAUCGUGCUGACAUGUGCUGAAUUUCACUGAUCCGCUUUUAUUUUCGAACAUCAAAUCGCAACGAUUUGGCAUGUGCCAGAAAUCGAAACCGCCAUUUGUUUUCCAUUUUGAAAUCGUGAAGCAGCGGGCACGCGAAUUUAUUGAAAAAUUGAAGGAAACAUUAGAAAUGGGCAAGCAUAAAACGCCAAGGCAAGACGAAACUUUUUUAAGUUUUAUGGAGCAGCAUCCUGACAUUGCCAAAAAUUAUGUCAAGGGCGACCGAGUGGCAGCGGAGGCUCUUUGGACUGAACUAGCCAAAGAAUUAAACAGCCAAGGACCACCACAAAAAGAUAUCAACGGAUGGAAAAAGGUUUGGUCGGACUGGAAGGGCUGCGUACGCAAAAAAAUUGCACACAACAAAUCGGAGACAAGAGCUACCGGCGGAGGUCCCUUCAACCAAUUUGUCUUAAGCUGCACUGAGGAAAAAAUUGCAGAACUUUGCGGUCUUUAUACUUGUGUAAAAGGUAUUCCACAAAGUUCCUCAUUCGGUGUACAAUGCGACAAUAGCAAUGAAUCAUCUGAUGACGAAAAUCCCACACCGAGUACUUCAGCGGUUGCAACAAGAACGUGAAGACCAAUUUCAAUGCAAGCAUGUAUCAAAGAACACAUGGCCAUGGAAGCAGGUGCGGUUGAUUGUAUAUCUGGAACGUUAGGGAAGCUCCUGGAAAGUUUUGAUGACACCAAAAAUAUUUUGAAAGAUAGCAAUGGUGCAGUGAUAAAAUCGAUGGAAAAGUUAUGCGAUCUCAUUUCAAUACAGAACUCUCUUACCGCAGAACAAAAUGAAAUUUUGCGUCAGCAUAAUUCCAUAAAGGAGAGAAUUGGGAAAGAAAAAAGUGAUAUGAAGAAACGCAUGUUGGAGAU